CUUCGACAGCGUCAGUCGAAUGACUCCCAGAACUUGUCUGUCGAGGAGAUCCCAAUCUGCUUGCUUCAUCUCCUCUGGUUUCGGACUCAGAGGUUCAUGAAGCUUUCUGCCAUAUAAAUAAUCUUCAAUUUGCAUUCUCCAGAACGCAAAAUCUGUACCAUCGAAUUUACCGAUGCCGUGCGUCGUACCAUCUUCGCCUCCCAUCGUUUCUAAAUCACAACACAACCUGUUGCUCUGAUACCAGUUGUUAGGAUUUAAAUCCCAAAUCCGACCUUUGUAAGCAGGUUCCCAGGAAAGAUUGGAGGGUCACAGCUGGACCACUUAAAUACCAACCUCCUUAGACAGAACCUACUUACGCCGUGAUGUAAGCGAAGAAUAAAUAGCACACACAGAUUUAUAGUGGUUCACCCUCAAUGUGAGAGCUACGUCCACGUUGCUGCUGCAGAUCUUAUUAAAGAAGAAAUAUUACAAGGGUUUACAACACUCAACCUCACAACCCCAAUCCCAAUUACACUCAAGAAUUUUACCACAGAAAAUUCUCUAAAAGACCUUCUCUUACUUAGGCCUUUCACUAAGAGUAUUUCUCUUAGAUUUUUUCUCUCUUGGGAUGUGUAUAGCAAAUGAUCUUAAUGAUAUCUUACAAAUGAACCAUAAGCUACCUAUUUAUAGGAAUGAAUUUCCUAUGAUGAGGUAAGCGCUUACAUCACGACUAUGUGAACAAAAGAAUUGACUUGUUUGGCCAAUUCCACACCUAACAUGUUCCUUAUCUUCAGAUGAACCAUUAAGAGCUGGAAUUGCUUCAUAAUUCAUCUAAGUGAACUAGUGGCGAAGGUAAAAAUUUCAUCAAAUUGUUAAAUAAAUAAAGCUGUUGCAUCUAGGGAAUUCAGUUAAAGCCCACUAGUAGUAAAACAUGGCUUAGCUACUGUACUGAACCUUCUAGAGUCGAUAUUGUUUUAUUAAUAUUCAAGUGGGACAAUUUUAAAAGGAACGUCAUUGACUGUGAUUCAUAUAGUCAACUACAAGUCUACAACUUGCUCGGAAUUGAGACGUACUAGUUGUGACAUACUCAUCUACUGUUGACACUGAGCUACAUAAUAUCAUCAAGGCACGAGGGAGGAUGCAACCAAUGCUAUCAGACAGACAACUUCAAGCCCCAUCAGUGGUCCAGGUUCCAAGUUCCAACCUUAUCUGGCACGCAAUUAAUGUUAUUUCCUCCUAGUAAUAUUUUUCAGUAGAUCUUUUUCUUUCUUUCUUCAGAUAAUUAAAGGAGAACUUCAAUUUUGAACUCCCUCAAGUCUAUUUCAUUAGUAUACCUUGAAGAUGGGGUGUUCCACUUACUCUAUUUUGAUUCGAACUGGCAAACCUUUGUAUGAAACCUGAAUGCCCCACCAGUAAUUACGAAAUGAAAAGCUACUUGCUCUAUCCUGGUGUUUGGUUUUAUAUUCUGAUUUGUAAUUCGCAUGAUCAUUUACGUGAAACCUUAAGUUAAUCAAACCCUUUCUAUUCGUAAAGAAAGUAUUGCUAGGCAAUUAAGUUUGUGUUUCUUUCUCAAGUCCCUUUUUUUUCUCUCUCAAUAUUUUAAUUUCUUAAUCAGGAAUUAAAAAGAUAUACGGAGCAAAUACAUUUUAAUCUCUUCUGGAUUAAUAUACUUGUACUGUUGAACAUCAACAAUUAUAAUUAUGGCUUGUGUAGACAUUGUUAUUUUCUAUUUUUCGGAGUUAAUUUCUCGAAUGAAAAUAACGUUAAUUUCUCAAAUGAAAAUAACUAACUAUUUUAAAGUCAUCUAACUAUUUAUGUCACUUGAGAUCACUGAAGUUAUGACUACUUACCCAACGGAAAGCCAAAUAUGCAUGCCGAAUCCGCUAGAAUGUGAAGAUGCCUUCCAGGUCAGCAAGCAAGCAGAAAAUUAUUUACCCCAAUUAACAAUACCUAAAAUUAUAACCGAAUUGAGAUCCGAAUCCGUUUUUAAUAAUUUAUGAGCCUUAGUUUGGGAAAUAGUUUUUAACUUGUAAAACAUUUACUCUCUCUUUCCCAAAAAGAUUGUCCUCUUUUCUUUUUUAGUUUGUUCUAAAACUAUUGUCCCCUUUAUAUAUUUAGAAAUAAUUUAACUUUAUAAGAUGAUUUACAACCACACAAAUAUUUAAAGCUUGUUUUGAACUAUACACUUCAAAAGUCUUUCCUUUAUUUCUUAAACUUUGUGUCAAGUCAAAAGACGACAAUCUUUUUGGGACAGAGGGAGUAUAUUAUAUCAAUUGGGUACUACUUUCUUAAUCUUUUUGGGUAGAAAAAAAUUAUUCUGCAUAAAUAAAUGCAUUUUCCAACAUCUUUCAUGAAGGAAAACAAGAAUAAUUUAUCAAAAUAUGAUAAAAUGUUAACACGUGUUUUUAACAUUCAAACAAACAAACGAUUAACAUGCAACAGCUUAAGCUAUAGCCUUCCCCGUGAACAAUCCCUUAAUCUGCUAUUUUCCUUAAUAUUUGCUUUCAUCAGAUCUCAAAUCUAACCCCCUUUUUUCCCUUCAUUAUCAUCAUCUUCUUUUUCUCAAGAAAUGCAGAAAAGACUAAUCAAUCCUCUACAAUGGUCUCCUUAUUAAUCUUUAUUCCUUUUAAUUUCCAUUUUACAUUAUCGUAACGGAGUUUUUCUGCAUGGGAAAUGCCAUGGCUUCUUCAAAACCAUCAUAUACACACAUCCUUGUAGCAUCUUCCAUUGGAAUAAUUCUUGCUGCUGCUGUGCAUUAUCGCCUCAAGAAAAUCCGUGACCAAAAAAUUGUUCCUCACACUAAAGUUACAAAUACUGGUCAGAUCAUUAGGUUUGAGAGCUUUUCUCAUUAUGUAGCUAGACAAAUGGGAUUUGGUGAUAAGAGGGAAUGUCCACAUUUGUGCAAAUUAGCAGCUGAGUAUAUAAGAAAAUCAGAAGGGUGUGAAGAAGAUAUAUACAACUUCUUUUCUAAUGAACCAGAUGCUGAUUCUCUUUUCAUAAAGCUAGUUGAAGAAUUUGAGAGAUGUAUCCUUAGUUACUUUGCAUUUCAUUGGACCCAUGCUUCUCACAUGAUCAGCCAGAUUUUGAGUGCUGACCAUGCAGAGCCAAGAAAGAAGCUGAAAAACAUUGUCAUGGCUGCCACCAGGGAACAAAGAUUUGAAAGGGUAACAAAGAAUCUGAAGGUUGCAAGAGUUUUUACAACCUUAGUUGAGGAGAUGAAAGCAAUAGGGCUUGUUUCAGCAGAUGAUUCACAGUGUACUGAUGUGAUGGUUCCAAUGGCUCACAAAGAUAGAAGCCCUGUCCUCCUCUUUAUGGGUGGUGGCAUGGGAGCUGGCAAAUCCACUGUCCUCAAGGACAUUCUCAAGGAACCAUUUUGGGCAGGAGCAGCAGCUAAUGCAGUUGUAAUAGAGGCAGAUGCUUUCAAAGAAUCAGAUGUCAUUUAUAAAGCACUUAGCUCUAGAGGUCAUCACAAUGACAUGCUUCAAACUGCUGAAUUGGUACAUCAGUCAUCAACAGAUGCAGCAUCAUCCCUGCUUGUAACAGCACUUAAUGAAGGUAGGGAUGUGAUAAUGGAUGGUACACUCUCAUGGAUACCCUUUGUGGUGCAAACUAUAACCAUGGCCAGAAAUGUUCACCGGCGCCGUUACCGCAUGGGUGUUGGCUACAAAGUGGAGGAUGAUGGAACUGUAACUGAGAGCUACUGGGAACAGUUGAAUGAAGAACAAGAGGCUACUGAUGGAAAUAGAAAGAGAAGACCCUAUAGAAUAGAAUUGGUUGGAGUCGUUUGUGAUGCUUAUUUAGCUGUCAUUAGAGGAAUAAGGAGAGCUAUCAUGUGUAGAAGAGCAGUAAGGGUCAAUUCACAGCUGAAAUCACACAAGAGAUUUGCAAGUGCAUUCCAUACAUACUGUCAGCUAGUUGACAAUGCAAGAUUGUACUCCACUAAUGCAUUGGAAGGCCCUCCUAAGCUGAUAGGGUGGAAGGAGAAAGAAAGGACACUAUUAGUUGAUCCUGAUGAGAUAAAUGUACUGCAAAUGGUUGGAAGGUUGAAUGAUGGAGCAAACUCUAUAUAUGAACUUUACAAGAACCCUCAUCCAGCUUUUCAAGCAGGCUCUGUUUGGAAAGAUAUUGUCUUGUCACCUUCUAGGCUGAACAUUCAGAAAGAACUCAAGUAUUCCAUUCAGAAAGUUGAAAGGAUGAGAGGCUAGCUGAGUUACUUUCUAGUUCUGAUAAAACUGUGGAUUGAUUAGUAUUUCAUUGUCACAACCUAUUGUGGCACACACUUAUAAUUUAUGAGAAAAGUAGGGAUUGUUA